AUGUCAACACACAAGAGCAUGAAGAUACCAGAGACACAAGUAGCGUUUGGAUUUAGAAGAGGAGAAAAGAAUAUUGUUAGAUAUGAUAAGUGGCCAGUUACAAGGCCAAAAGAUGGAGAAGUUUUAGUUGAAGUGAAGGCGGCUGGCUUGUGUCAGAGUGAUGUUCACAUAGUACAUGGACAACCAGGAUAUAUUCCAGAUGAGCUUGUAAUGGGACAUGAGAUCGCAGGGCAAAUCGUCGAAGUAGGUGGUCAGAGUGUCCCUGAUGAUUAUCAGGUUGGAGAACGGGUUGCGAUUGCCAUUGCAAGCUUCUGUGGAAUCUGUGACAAUUGCAGAAGUGGAUUUGACAACAAUUGCUUGCGAUCUGUAGAAGCAUAUGGAUUGACUUUAGAUGGUGGGUUUCAGCAGUUCUUAUUGAUUAAAAAUUUGAGAGGGUUAAUCCCGAUUCCAGAUCAAGUGACCUAUGAGCAAGCUGCAAUUGCAUCAGAUGCAGUUUUAACUCCAUUUCAUGCUAUUAAUAAAGCAAGACAAGAUUUAGUACCUACAGCUCAUGUUUUGGUUAUGGGAAUGGGAGGACUAGGUCUCAAUGCGUUGCAAAUUCUUCGUAACUAUGGAUGUACUAUCGUAGCGGUGGAUAUCAAGCCUGAAGCCAAAAAAUUGGCGAAAGAGUAUGGGGCUACGGAGUUUUUCCUGGACAUUAGUGAAUCAGACUAUUCAAGGCAAUCAUUCGACGUCUGUUUUGACUUCUGUGGGUUUCAAGAGACUUUUGACGUGUGUCAAGAGUAUGUCAAAGCAAGAGGAAGAAUUGACACAGUAGGGCUAGGAAGGUCUAAGUUAUUCGUUAGAAACUUUGAGUUGGCUAGAAAGGAGGUAAAGAUUAAUUUCAACUUUGGCGGCACUUCUCAAGAACAAGUAGAGUGUAUGAAGUGGGUGGCACAGGGAAGAAUAAAGCCUCUUUCUACCGCUGUUCCUUUUAAUUUAUUGCCAGAUUAUUUGAACAAAUUAGCUCAGGGAAAAGUUAAUGGUCGUGUUGUUUUUCAUCCUUCCAAGUUAUAA